AUGGCGAGUAUCGAGUCUAUUCAGGGAGCCGUCUGCAUUAUUUGCGGCGUUGCACUAAUUCUUCUUGAGAUCGGCUAUCUGAUUACUGGUACUGAGAAAGGUGGUAAAUUGUGGAAUGACUUUUCGGAUGGAAGGUAUUACAAGCCAUGGGGCAAUACAUGGGGCUCUCUUGCUCGACCAGUCGUUAUCAACCCUUCGAGGCGAGAAAUGACAGAGCUCAGCGAGGCUAAAGCUCUUUCCCAACGUGCUGCCUACUCAGAUAUGUUUGGGUUCCAACACACUAUGAAUGGCAUCAGCCACACCGAACAAGAGACCAGUCUCCUCCGAACUCGUCUGUAUAGUCGUCUCCUGCAGGUCCGAGGUCCCACGAACCUGAAAGUCAUCUACCCAACCCUGCAGAAACAGCUCGAGACUGUACUUCUCCAGCAGCUUGAAAAGGGAAAGUUGAAUGCUGAUGGUUCACUGUCCAUCCGUCUCGCGCCCACCAUUCGAACCAUGUCUUCUCGACUCAUGGCUCAGCUAUUCUUUGGAGAAAAUGCUGCCACCGAUGAGACCUUUGCAGAAUCUCUAUUGGCAUAUUCCGCGGAUAUGGUGCGGUGCAUGGCCGUCUUCCAAUUUUUCCCUCGGUACCUGACAAAACAUGUGCACAAACUGAUUACCAGGAAUGGCCGUGCAAUGCAUUUUUUGCAGAAUCGAUUCAAGAAAAUGAUGGCAGGAAACGACGGAGAGAUGCAUAACACCAUCCUUCGCGACAUGGUCGAACUCACCCGCGAGCAAAAUAGCCAAUACUGGACCGUAGGCGUCAUCUCGCAAUCCCUGCUGGGCAUCUGGUUCGCCGCCUCGCACCAACCAUGGAUGAAUCUCGAUUUCGUGCUACUCGAACUCGCCCAGCGGCCAGAGUGGCAGGCUCAGCUGCGUGAGGAAAUUGGCGACCAUUCACGAUUGGAUUAUCAGGCUCUGGUCCAGUUGCCGUAUUUGGAUAGCUUUAUCAAGGAAACCGUUCGAAUGAAUCCGUUGGAUAACUAUGCAAUCCGCCGCAAAGCUCUCCAAAACUACCAUUUCGCCAACGGCGGCUGGCUGAUCCGAACCGGAGUCGUGGCAUGUGUCUCAGCCAUUGAUAUCCUGCGAAACAAAGAUGUAUACCCAAACCCAGACGAAUGGGACGGCAAUCGCUUCGUAACCACGACUUCUCCUGUACAAGGAUCGAAAUUCUCGGAUGUUUCCGAGCAUUUUCCGACAUGGGGGUUUGGCGCGUUGGCUUGCCCUGGUCGGUUCCAUGCUGCGCUCGUUAUGAAAAUCAUCCUUGCGCAUAUCGUGUCUCAUUAUGAACUGACGCUCGAAUCCAAGGGACGUACAAAGUUCAUGUGGGAGAGUUUUACUUUGCCAUAUGAUUCGACCCGGGUGUCGUUGAAGAAGAUCGAUUGA